AUGGAUCGACGGUCCCGCGUGAACCCGGAUGUCCUCAUUGCGAAGUGGUCCAGCAAGUCAGCAGACGACAGGCGAAUACGUGUGCGCGACAAUCAACGACGCCACCGCGAGAGGGCGAGGAGUCAUGUCGCGCAACUGGAGUCCAAGCUCGCCGGAACAGAGUUGCAGCUGCUGCAGGCACUGGCAACGGUUCAACGCCUGACUGCGGAGCUCGGGCAUGUCCGGGCAUCGGGUUCAGCGACUCGCGCUGAUGAAGCCACCACUCGAAACCCCAGCCCACCAUCACGAUCAUCAUCACAGCCCCCGCGCCCGUCGUCGCACUCACCGUUGGCCCAGCAUCAGGCCUGCCCCAAGCCCAUGCGUGCCUCUGAGCCAGACGACGACCACCUAGUGACGAACACUGCAUGCAGGAGCAAUAUCGUAGCCGGCGGACUUCUCGGCGCUCUCCACACAACGCAACGACGACACUUCCACGGCGAUAGUGAGCUGUUAGUGCCGACGGACCAUCUAGUCGAUCCGUUGCUAGCAUGUGCACCAAGAUGCGAAACCUGGGUCGGCUACGAUGGCGCCGUGGGCAACCAUGAGGAGGAAUACUGCACCAUGCCGCCGCCUAAGCCCAAGGAAUCGACUACUCGCUGCCGCGACGCUAACCAACUGAUCACGGAGCGAAACUAUGCCGGCCUCGAACCGUGGCUUAUUCAUCGGUGGCUACGACCAGGCUAUCGGGGACCCGUCGCCGAGGGUGAUGGGUGCCGUGUGGACCAUAGACUGCUAUUUGCCUUACUCGAUCACAUCACCUCCCCCUAG